GACUUCUGUGUCACAGUGUGUCUGUGUGAGCGAGCGAGCGAGCGAGAGAGAGAGAGGACGAGGAGAGCCCACAGCCCUCUUCCAUCUCUCCGGUGGCGAAGCCAUCAGCCAUGUGGGCCACGCCAUCUCCGCCGCUUCCCCUCCGACUCCGGCGCCCACCAGGUCCGCCGCCUCGUCCCGGUCCCUUUCUCACCCGCCACCGCAGACGGCUCAACCGCAUCUCGGCCUCACAGGACCCCCUCAGCACCCUCUCCCGCCUGCUGUGGGGGCGCGCGCUGCCCCCGGCGCAGCUCGUCCUCGCGGUCCGCCACGGCUGGACCGCCGCGUGGCAGGUCCUCAUGCGGCAGCUCGCGCCCUCGGACCCGGCGACCGGCGCCUUCACCCGCACGCCGUCCCGCUUCCCCGCCGUGGUGGGGACGCCCAGCUCCCGGCUUCACCUCUACGUGGGCCUCCCCUGCCCCUGGGCCCACCGCACCCUCGUCGUCCGCGCGCUCCUCGGCCUCGAGGCCCGCCUCCCGGUCUCCGUCGCCGUCCCUGGCGACGACGGCGCGUGGUCCUUCACGCCGGACAGCCCCGACGGGCUCUACGGGAAGCGCAGGCUCCGGGAGGUGUACGCCGUGCGGAGCGGCGGGUUCGAGGGCCGGGCGUCGGUGCCGCUGCUCUGGGACGCCGAGCGCCGUGAGGUGGUCUGCAACGAGAGCAUCGAGAUCAUCAAGUACCUCUGCGGCCUCGCGGACGCCGACGGCGGCGGCGGCGGCGGCGGCGGCCUCGACCUUUGGCCGUCGGAGCUGCGCCAGGACAUCGACCGCUGGUACGGCGUCAUCUACCCCAGCGUCAACAACGGCGUCUACAGGUGCGGCUUUGCGCAGAGCCAGGAGGCGUACGACGCCGCGGCGAGCGAGCUGUUCGGCGCGCUGGACAGGCUGGAGGCCCACCUCGCCAGCUCCCGCUACCUGUGCGGGGACAGGCUCACCCUCGCCGACGUGUGCCUGUUCACGACGCUGAUCCGGUUCGACCUCGUCUACAACACGCUGUUCCGGUGCACCAGGCGGAAGCUGGCCGAGUACCCCAGCCUCCACGCCUACACGCGCGACAUCUACCAGAUGCCCAGGGUCGCCGACACGUGCGACAUGGAGGCUAUCAUGGCAGGAUACUUCAAGACCCUCUUCCCCCUCAACCCCGGCGGGAUCCAGCCCCUCCGGCCGGCGAGCUGCGACGGCGAGUCGCUCUUGAGGCCGCACGGCAGGGAGGCCUUGCCCUCUGCUGCUGGCACGCCGCUUGAAGCAGCUGCUGUUUCUUAACUCAGGCUAUGCUAUGAACAAUGCUUCUGAAGAACAUCAGAAAAGAGUCUGUUUUACACAUGCGGACAUGCCAUAGUUGCCUGUUGUACCAUACAAUGGUGCUUCACAGGAUCAGAUAGCAUCAGUAUAUCUGCAAUUUGUAGAUAAUUACUUGGACCAUGUGAGUUUGCUGGCUAAUAUGUUUUUAAGAUCUCAUCGUGUUUUCUCAAGAUAGAAUUGGUCCUGCUCAGUUCCCCAACUGUGAAUUUCCAUACUUCUUACAGUUACAAAUCCCUGGUGUCAAUGGCACACCUCUGUGAACA